CAUUUCCGCCGCUGUCUGCACCCGGCAGUACGCCGAGUUUGUCUCCACAAACAUAAUCGGAUUCCGACGGAGAGAUUGUUAACUUCCUACGUCUCCAUACUGGGGUUAUUAUUUCAAAUGAACAGUCAUGGAUGAUGAUGACAGUCACGACGAACUCAUCAACAAAAAUGCCGGCUUUGGAAGAGGCAAAAGAUGUAAUUCAGCUCUUCUCAGUGAUGAUGAAAUUAGUGGAGAUGAACAUGAACAGGGAGAAACAGACAGUGAAGACGACGAUGGCGAUGAAGAUGACGAGGAAGAUGAUAGUGAGGAUUUAAAUGAAGAAGAGGAAGAAGAAUGCAGUGACAGCUCUGAAGACUGUGAGAAAGUAGAAACUGAGAAGUGCUUUGAUCGAGAUUUUGAAACUUUGACGAACGAACUUACAAUUGAGCAUUCUGACAAUGAAGAAGAGAACUGUCCAAUUUGCCUCAAUACGUUUCAAGAACAAGUGCUUGGAACUCCAGAGAGCUGUGCACAUUAUUUCUGCUUGGACUGCAUCUUGGAGUGGUCAAAGAAUGCAAAUUCCUGCCCAGUGGAUCGGAUUGUAUUUAAAAAUAUCUGCAUAAGAUCUUGUUUUAAAGGAAAAAUAUUAAAAAAGGUUCCAGUCCAGAAUCGUGAACCUGCUGAAGAUCAAUUUGAAGAAGAUCAAACUAUCUGUGAGGUUUGUGGUAGAAGUGACAGAGAGGACCGCCUUCUUCUUUGUGAUGGAUGUGAUGAUGGGUACCAUAUGGAGUGCCUUAACCCCCCUCUGGAUGCAGUUCCUGUUGAAGAAUGGUUCUGCCCUGAAUGUGCCAUCAACAAUCCACCUCAAGAUUUGUCAGCUGAUGAAAUUAGUGAAGGAGAAGUUGCAGCUUUGAUUGAUGAUACUAUACCAACCACAAGUCGAUUGCGUAGCAGCGCACGAAGAACUCGUGUCAUUGCACGAACUCGCCAGAGUGAGAGAGUCCGAGCUUCCGUGAACAGGAGCAGAAUUACACAAGCAAGAACCUUACAGAGCGUUCCUAGACAUUUGAUGGAAUCCAAUCUACUUGAUGAAACUAUUAAUGCUGUUGUUGCUGGGUUGAAUACUGCUGUAUAUGUUCGCCCUUUGGCUCCACGGGCAACAACGAAGAAACGAAAAACAAGGAGAAGAAGAACCAGGAAAAAGAAACCAUGUUCAAAAUCAGCAGCAGGAGUACAAAAAGGUGGUCAAAGCAGUGGCCGUCGUAAGAGACGCACUAAGAAGAGGAGCAGCAAGAAACGACCAGUGGUUCCACAUGCUAUAAGUGCAAAAUCCCGUAUAGCUAAAACCUUGGGCAUUGGUAAACCAGUGCAUGGUGCUUCAGUGCCAUCGGUGUACAGACCAGUUGAGUCUAGCUUGAGUAGCAUGAGGGCUGAUAUUGGAGCUGCACCAUUAUCAGUCUAUGGGGACCCUUUUGACUUGGAUCCAUUUGAUGAAAGAAAUAGAGAGCAACCAGCAAGUCCAUUAUGCCCAAUAGAUGCCAAGAGAAAAAGUCUUUCACAGUCAGCUAUUAGAUCACAUCAGCCAGUGGCAAGACCUGUAUCCAUUGGAAUAUCCAGAACUGGGUUAAGUAUACCGGAACCUGUGGAGAUUGUUGAAGCUGCCCCUGUACCUGAUCUCUUAGGAAGCAUUUUGACAGGGCAGAGUUUGCUAAUGAUGGACAGUGCUGACAUUAUAAUUAACAGAGAUGGAUCUUUGAAAGCCAAAAAGGCAGUGACAAUGCCCAUAUCAAGCAGAACUAUCUCUUGUGAUUUGAGGUCUGACGAAGUAACAUCUGGAAUCUAUAUUGAAGAUUCUUCAGUCUCAGGAAUAAGUGCCUGUAACUACGGUGAUACUAUGACAUCAUCAGAUGUUAAUGUUUCUACAAUGCCCUCAUCAUCUAGGUCUUUGUAUUCAACUCUGAAAUCAUCAUUGAACUUAAAAGAUACUUUUAAUCCACUGCCUUCCGCCUCAAGAAGUAUAGUAGAUAGGCCUCCAAUUUCAUCUCGCCCAAGGCCUGGUUCACAAUCUAGUUUUAGGCCUCUUACAUAUGCAGAGAAAAUGGAAAAUCAUAAACAAAAUGUGGGCACCAAAGAGGCAGUGGCUUGUGGCAUGUCAUCAACUGAGAAGAUAAAUGGAUUCUCUAACAGUCAUUACAGCAUGGAUCUGAAAAGAACACCGGCAAAACCAGCUUGGGACUUUGAUUCAACUAAACUACCCAAAAUACCAAAGAUCAAGAGAGAGGAAAAUGACACCUCACCACAGAAUAGCCAUCCUACUAAUGGAAUUCCAGAUUCUUGUAUUAACAGACUUACGGGUCGUGAUGAUCAUUCAACUACAACAAAUACAGGGUUAAGUACAAGUCAGUUGUUGAGGAAUUAUCCAGGAAACUCUUCUUCCAACAGUUCUGGCAUGCCUUCUAGGUCAGUUCCGUUUGGUACACAUGGAGGUAUAGGUGGUUCUACUGUGAGUUUUAGGAUAAAUGCAAGUGGAAGUUCUUGGCAGUCUAGAAGGUUUGGAAUUCCCAAUGCUUUCAAUAAUCCUUUGAAAAAAGCAAUGGACUCCAAGGAAAACUUUAAUAAAAACAAACAAAAAUUAUUGUCUCUUCAGGCAAAAAAGAAAGACAAGGAAAAGCAAAAACAAAGUGAAAUAUAUGACCCUUUCAAUCCUACUGGCUCAGACUCUAGUUCUUCAGAGACUGAGACAUCGCCUGGAGUACUGCAGUCUCAGAUGUCUAGUACAAAUAAAGUCAAAUCUGAGUCCUGUGAACAAGAGUUGGAAACAUGUAUUUUAGAACCUGCUGUCCAUAGUACUUUCACUUCUGCCGAUCACUCGCACUUAGUAACUGUGGAUGAUACCAAAGAAAACACGGACUCGAGGAAAUGUUUGGUGACUGAGCAACAGGAUUGUGUAUUAGAGGUGGAUGUUAAGAAUUCGUCCAUUGACCAUUCUGACAAUUCAACAAGCAUUACAGCCUCUCGAAAUCACAGUUUAAUUGAAGGUGGACAUAUAAGUGAUAGUAGUGAAAAUAGUGAUAUAAUUGAUGAGGAUUUUGUAAUACAGAUUGCAAAUAAAGUUCUUAAGAAAGAUAUUCACUCAAGGACCAGCCCAAUAUUGAAUACACACAAUGAAAUCUGGUCAAAAAAUGAUACCACAAAAGCUGUUACUGAAGAACACACUCCUGAGUUAACAUGUACAGCAGUAUCUGAUGCUCAUUCUACUCAGAGCAAAAAUAUUAAACAUGAGGACAGAGAAUGUUCCAAAGAAAGGUCAGAAUCUAGUAGUUCUGAAGUUAUAAAAAAGAAAGCAGCCAAGAAAAAAAAACAGUCUAGAUCUAGGUCUAGAGAAAGGAGGAGAUCAAGGUCUCAUUCAGCUAGUUCAUCAAGCUCUUCAUCUGUUGUGUCUGACAGAAGGAGAAAAAAGAAAAGAUACUCAAGAUCCAGGUCUAAAGAAAGAAGGCGUUCUCGUUCAAGUAGUGCUGACAGAUCUCGGAGGAAAAAACACAAGAGAGAGAGAAGUUUUGACCGAUACAGUAGUAGAGGAAGUGCCCAGAGACCAAAGGACAGAAAGAGGAGGAGAUCAAGGUCAAGAUCUCACUCUAGAGAACGAAGGAAAGGUAGAUCAAGGUCACGAUCUGUACCAAGAUAUAAAGAGCACUGGUCAAAAUCAAAAGCAGGUAAACGGAAGCAUAGGUCACGGUCCAGAGAGCGGCGCUCGCGGUCCAGGGACCGGAGGUCACGAUCUAGAGAGAAGAGAUCACCAUCUAUGGAGAAAAAUUUGCAAACUAGGCAAAAGAGGACAACUUCUCGAGAAAAGUGGUCAUCAUCUGGAGAAAAGAGAAAUUGUAUUAACAGAGACCAAUUACAAUUUGUUGUAAUAAAUAACGAAGAUAUAUCUGAAGAAAUGACUGAGAAGUCUGCUUUCUCAUACAAAUACCUUCCAGAAGAUAAAGCUAAAACAGUUUCACGGGUUGUAAAGAAUGAGCAAAGAAUUCCAUCCUUGGUUUCACAGUUGUAUCAUGACACUGAAGAAACAAAUGAUUCUGAUAGUCCCGUUGAAGGUAGUGUUAAUGAAUGUGUAGAACUCAAGUGCAAUAUUAAAGUUGAGGCCACUGUAAAGGAAGUUUCAGAAAAUGUUUCAGGUGUUAGAAAAGAUGUAUGUAGAAUAACCAAAAUUUGUCCUUUAGACACUGAAGUAGAAAAAACAGUUAGUGCUCCCAAAAUUGAUUCCUUUUUAAUGGACAUUUCUCAUUCUUCUAAAGUUGACAGACCAGAGUCUCACGGGGAAGAAAAUGAUAGACUGGAAUUCCCUUGGGACAUGAGAGAGAGAUCGAGAUCUCCAAGGGAAGAACAAGAGAAAACAAGAUUAUUCAGGGAGAAGAAAGAUAGACGUAGUUUUUCUAAGGAAGAGGAUAAAAGAUCCGGAUUUCUUAAAAAACAGAAAGACAGGCCUAUAUUCCCCCGGGAAGAGGAGGAAAGGCCAGUAUCUCUAAGGCAAGACACACAUAGAGCAGAAGCUUUUAGGGAAGAGACGGAAAUACCAGAGUCAUCUUUAAGAGAAUUGACCUGUAAACCAGAACCACCUCUUAGGGUUGUAACUUUUAGACCAGAACCGCUACUUAGGGUUGUGACUUACAGACCAGAACCACCUCAUGGGGAAGUGUCCUUUCGACCAGAACUACCUCUUAGAGAAGUGACAUACUCUUAUCGACCAGAACCUCCUGUUAGAGAAGUGACUUACUCAUACAGAACAGAAUCUCUGAAGGAGGAAACUUUCAGACCAGAAAUAUAUAAGGAAAAGAUCCACAGAACUGAACCUGUAAGGGAAGAGUUCUGCAGACCUGAACCUGCUGUAGACUUUGAGAUGCCCAGGCACGAGCGCGCUGUGGAACCUAAGACGUCCAGGCACGAACCCGAUGUCGAACCUAAGACCCCCAGGCAUGAACCCGCUGUGGAACCUGAGACCCCCAGGCAUGAACCCGCCGUGGAACCUGAGACCCCCAGGCAUGAACCCGCCGUGGAACCUGAGACCCCCAGGCAUGAACCUUCUGUGGAACCUGAGACCCCCAGGCAUGAACCAGCUGUAGAACUUGAGACCCGCAGGCACAAACCCAUUGUAGUACUUGACACCCAUGGCCUUAAAACAUUAGGGGGACCAGAGACCCACAGACCCGAAUCUUUUAGGGAACCAGAGACUUGCCUACAUGAGCCCAUUCUGGGGCUUGAAACCCACAGGCAUGAAUCUGUUAGUGUAUUAGAGACUCACAGACAUAGACUCGAGCCUUUUCGGGAUCUGGCGGCCCUCACCCCGGAGGCUGUUCGGGAUCUGGCGGCCCUCACCCCGGAGGCUGUUCGGGAUCUGGCGGCCCUCACCCCGGAGGCUGUUCGGGAUCUGGCGGCCCUCACCCCGGAGGCUGUUCGGGAUCUGGCGGCCCUCACCCCGGAGGCUGUUCGGGAUCUGGCGGCCCUCACCCCGGAGGCUGUUCGGGAGCUUGCGGCGCACAGCCCGGAGCCUGUUCGGGAGCUGGUGGCCCACACCUGUGCAAUUAAAACUAUUGAGAAAGACCUGGCUGAGCCUGUUAAGGAAGGUAAAAGUGGACCAGAACCCAUUAACAGUGAGAUAAACAAACCAGGAAUUCUUGGAGAAGAGAAGGAUGAAUCUUUUACAGAUGUGGUGGAUGAUAUGCUAGAUGAUUUUGAUUUUAUAAAAAGUGAAGAAAAAAAAGAUCCAAAAGUCACUGUGAGGCUAGAGGAGAUUAAACUCCCAGUUAAGAAAGAGGAUUCAGUAAUUAAACAAGAGGCAGAAAAAUGUGCUGCUAGUACAUCUAACAAAUCCAAGCCUGCUGUUAAGCGAGUAACCUGGAAUCUUCAGGAAGAUGAUGAAACAUCUGGAAAGUCUGGGCGAAUUCCUCUUUAUAAAAUGCAAAGGAUUAACAAGGAUGGAAUGUGGAAGACAGGAGAUAGCAGCCAGAUUUUAAAUCAGGUGCAGUUAAAUGAACCUCCUCCAACCAAUUAUAUGGUUCCUCAACCUAUGUUUCCUGAUGUAGAUAUUUCAAAGGAUUUUUCAAAGAAUAUUCCAAUGGCAUCAACUAUCAAUACAGACUCGCCUGUCUACAACCCUGUUAGCCAACCUACAGUCCAGUUUAUUAUUCAAGGAAGCCUUCCUCAUGCUGUGUCUGUCACUGGUCAGCCUUUUUCUGCAGAAUCUGAAGGGAUAUUUCAAAAACCAAUUAUCAAAAAAGAAGCCCAGAUAACUGAAGCAAGUCGUGCACCUGAUAAAACCAAAAGUGAAGAAUACUUGAAGAAGCUUCAUAUGCAAGAAAGAGCUGUUGAGGAGGUUAAGCUUGCUAUAAAGCCAUUUUACCAGAAAAGAGAGAUCACAAAGGAGGAGUACAAAGAAAUUCUGCGAAAAGCUGUUAAAAAGGUUUGUCACAGCAAAAGUGGAGAAAUUAAUCCAGUUAAAGUUGCAAAUUUAAUCAAAGCCUAUGUUGAUAAAUACAGACAAGCCAAAAAGCAUAAAAAGGAUUCUACAGAGUAGAAAUGGGAAGCUGGAAAGAAGACUCCUUUGAUGACGAUGUCUUUAGUAAACAAAAUGUCAAGGGAAGCUGCAAAUCAUGUCUGUUUGCAUUAUUAAUGAUAAGACUUUAUUUGCCAUCAUAACUGUAUUUCAUCAACAAGGAAAUGAACGUGGAACAUGUCAGAACUAUGCAGGAGGCUUCAGUUUUUCAUUUCUUUCUGUGUCACAUGUUCUUUUUAAUGAUGCCUAUAAGCCUCUAACAGAAUUUAUGUACUUAAAUUCUAAUGAGUUCUUUAAUAGAUAGAUUUGCCACUUUAUCCGCUCUCUAUGUUCAGUUCCAUUUUCUUAGAAUCUAAUAAUGUUAAAACACUGAUGUUUAAUUUAUGCCAAGUAUUAUUGCAGUAAUAGUACUUUAAAGUUACUUUUCAGUCUCCACCAUUUAAAAUGUUUUCUUAAGUUUCUUAAUUCAGGUUUUCUAUACAUUUGUUUCGACCAAAGCAAGUAAAAUUUAAAUUGAAAUGAGAUGUUGUCAUGGGCCAUUUAUAAACAUAGCCAAAGUAAUUUCGGCUGUUAAUGCAAAUAUUCUUACAAUAUGAGAAAAUACAUGGCAGUUGUGACAAACAGUUAAGCACUAAUUUACCAGUAUGCUUCCUUGUGUUUUGUUUAGAUCACUGAAGGUGGGUUACCAAUUGUGUUAAUAGGCAAAACAAGCCGAAGUGACAGUUCAAAAUUUGGCAAAAAAAAAAUAAAGCUAAAGUUUUUAUUGCAUAAAUAAUUUUUUCUGUAACCCAUAAAAAUGACAGUGUGUUAUAGUAGAUGGCCCUGGUUUAGAUUCAAAUACCCCCAUCUUUUGGUUUUAUUAAUGUGUUGAGGAAUAAUUCAUAGUCAGUGAUUUGAUGGAUCCAUUGUUCAUUCUGUUGUUAAAUUUGUACAUUUCCAAUGUCCCGUUUUUUCUGAACACUUUGAUCUGCUUCUGUUUAUAUUAGAACUUUAAAGUAAAGGGGAAUAUUCAGAAAAUGCACCAAAAAUGUCAUUUUCUUAUACUUGUAUGUGUUUCUAGGCAGUUUUCUCUAAGGAGGUCUUAGUGGUUUGAGUAUAAAAACAAAUACACAACUUAAUUGUCUAUCAAAAUGUUCUGUAAAUAUUUUUGAAGUGGGAUCAAGAGUUGAUUAUCAGGCUUAUCAAUGGAAAAAGAAUGAUAUAUUCUAGAGCUGUAAUAAAAUAUUUGAUGUAGGUACCUGAUUCUGAACUUCCCUCAGUCAGUCAGUGUUGAUUGUGUAGCAAAUAUGUACAGAAUAGCUAUAUCAAAAAACAUUUUUAUGCGACCUUUGCUUUUUCUGUACAGGUGAUUUGUAGUGAAGGUUUGAUAUCAACAACAAAAGACAUAAGUUUGAUCCUAAAGACCAUAUAGCUGAGUGUGCUGGCUAUAUCAAUGCCUAAAUUCUUUGUUCUGAUUUAAUAUUUAAUAGGUUUAAAACCCUGAAUUGUAAUUUAUCUGCUUGUAAAUAAUUUCAUAAAAGGUGAAUAAAGUCACUUUUUCAACUUU